GAGCCGGGCGUGGAUUGGCUGUGUGCUUAAGUCGGCCUCUCUUUAUAGGCCGCGCAGGGCUGCUCGCGGGACUUGGAUUGGCUCGCCGGGCGCUGAGCGGUCAUUGGCUGCGGUGGGUCGUCAAGGCGACUGAGAGGAAAAAGAGAAGGGGUUCGGGGCCUGGUCGGCGUAUCGAGGCUGAGGGCGGCUGGGCGGUUCCGCGGGGCGGUGUCCGGAGAGCUGCGGGACCCGGGCCCCCGGGGUUCACGCCACAACUCCAGGAGGUGCCUGAGCCAGCGCGCCGGCGAGGAGUAGCGGCUAGUGGGACCCCGCGGGCCGGGACCAUGGGCUGCUUCUUCUCCAAGAGGCGGAAGGCUGAGAAGGAGUCGCAGCCGGAGGGCGAGGAGGAGCGGCCGAAGCAGUACAGCUGGGACCAGCGCGAGAAGGUUGAUCCGAAAGACUACAUGUUCAGUGGACUGAAGGAUGAAACAGUAGGUCGCUUACCUGGGAAAGUGGCAGGACAACAGUUUCUCAUUCAAGACUGUGAGAACUGUAACAUCUAUAUUUUCGAUCACUCUGCUACAGUUACUAUUGAUGACUGUACUAACUGUGUCAUUUUUCUGGGACCGGUGAAAGGCAGUGUGUUUUUCCGGAAUUGCAGAGAUUGCAAGUGUGCAUUAGCCUGCCAGCAGUUUCGUGUGCGGGAUUGUAGAAAGCUGGAAGUCUUUUUGUGCUGUGCCACUCAGCCCAUUAUUGAGUCUUCCACGAAUAUCAAGUUUGGCUGUUUUCAAUGGUACUACCCUGAAUUAGCUUUCCAGUUCAAAGAUGCAGGGCUCAGUAUCUUCAAUAAUACCUGGAGUAACAUUCAUGACUUUACACCUGUGUCAGGAGAACUCAAUUGGAGCCUUCUUCCAGAAGAUGCUGUCAUUCAGGACCAUGUUCCUCUACCUACUACCGAAGAGCUCAAAGCUGUCCGCCUUUCCACAGAAGCCAGUAGAAGUAUCGUUCCAGUGUCCCGGGGUCAGAGACAGAAGAACAGUGAUGAGUCAUGCUUAGUGGUAUUAUUUGCUGGUGAUUAUACUAUCGCAAAUGCCAGGAAACUAAUUGAUGAGCUGGUUGGUAAAGGCUUUUUCCUGGUUCAGACAAAGGAGGUGUCAAUGAAAGCUGAAGAUGCUCAAAGGGUUUUUCGGGAAAAAGCACCUGACUUCCUUCCUCUUCUGAACAAAGGUCCUGUUAUUGCCUUGGAGUUCAGUGGAGAUGGCGCUGUAGACGGAUGUCAACUUAUUGUCAACGAGAUAUUCAGUGAGACCAAGAUGUUUGUAUCAGAAAGCAAGGAUGCGGCAUCUGGAGAUGUAGACAGCUUCUACAACUUUGCUGAUAUACAGAUGGGAAUAUGAAGUGCAAUGUGGAAUAAAGGACUUGAUUUUAAGCCCUUUUCAAUUUGUGUAUUAGCAAUGUUUUUUUUUUGUUUUUUGUUUUUGUGGUACGCAGGCCUCUCACUGUUGUGGCCUCUCCCAUUGCGGAGCACAGGCUCCGGACACGCAGGCUCAGCGGCCAUGGCUCACGGGCCUAGCCGCUCCGCGGCAUGUGGGAUCUUCCCGGACCGGGGCACGAACCCGCGUCCCCUGCAUCGGCAGGCAGACUCUCAAACAUUGCGCCACCAGGGAAGCCCUUAGCAAUGGUUUUUUUUACUGAUGCUAAAAUUGUUAAAGUGAUUUUUAAAAUAAAUUGUUGAAUACUGCAUCAUUUACUUGAGGUUCAAAAAGAGUUCAUUUUAAAUUAAGUAGUUUUAAUCAGCUUAAAAACCAUUUAACCCAAUUCAGUGAGCUUGUAGGUUUUGUUUCUCUGCAUAUGAUACUGUUAUUAGAAAAUAGAAGUGGCUAACAGUUCAUGAUUUUAGUCCUAAUUAAACGUUCUUUCAAAUCUCUAAUUUACACUUUCCUCAGUACUCCAUGAUAUUUGAGAAUAUAUUCCAUUGCUUAUUUUCUUUUUUAAUUUAGAAGGAUUUGUUACUAGCAGAUCAGUUAGAAUGAACCUAUGCGCAUUUUUUAAUGUGUAUACACCCAGUUAAAUAUUUGCUUCCUAGUUGCAUAAUAUGGCAAAUGAAAUUUUGUAUACGGAGUUGACAUAAUACUUUGUAAAUUAAGUUUUUUAAAUUAAUAGGUAUUUGAUAACCAGUUUUGCAAGUAACUCUACUAACUGAUGUUGGUAUAGCUGUUUAAAGACUACUUUGUGAGUAGUAUGAUUAUUUGAAUAAAUUCCACAUUGUUUAGUUUUUGAAUACAACUGCUAGAUGACUCUUCUCCGUCCUGGUAAGAAAAGGUAUAUGCAACACUGAAACUACAGAAGCCCAGUCACCAGCAGUUCAAAAAGGUGAUCACUGUUUUAUCAGCCCUAUGAGCUAUUAGAAUUAAAACAAAGCCUUGCAACAUUUAGGUAAGAAAUACUUAAGCAUAGUGAUAAACUAUGCAGAUUAUUAAAAAGCUAGAUAAAUUUGAUUUUCAUUAGAUAUAUUACUUCUCUCAAUCAAUGUUCAAGUAUGAUAAAAUUAUUUUGGUUGCUUUAAAGCAUUAUUUUCCAGAUCAACCUGACCAUCAUAAUUUACCAGGAGGCAGGGGAGAGCUACUUGUUUAAAAAUCCACAUUCUUGGACCAGUCCUUAGGCAAAUUGAUUCAGUGCCCAGGGGAAACUCUGUUUUAAGGGGUUUGUUGUCACGUAAGGUAAUCAGAAGAUCUUGAUAGGUUUAUCUUGUGAGAAGGGACUGAACCUGCCAUCUACACCACACAGAGCAGCUAAUCAGAAGUUAGCUUUCAUAGGUCUAUUUUUUAAAGGAACCUUAAAUUUAACUAUGUUUUGAUAAAACUAAGGCUGAAAAUAAUCACUUAUAAAAAUUCCUCUUACGAUUGUUACUAACAAUGUAUUUUAGUGUUUAAACUGAAAAUAUUUUUGUGGAUAUUUUCAGAUUCAUUUACAACUAUUGCAUUGAAUUGUGUGUCGAUGUUCAGAAAUAAUACAUUAAAAGACUUUUCACUUUAAAUUAAUAAGUAAUAUUGACCACCUACCCUGUGCCUCACCUUGUAUUAGCAUUGUAUCAUUUCAAUCUUUCUACAAGAGCAUUCUAUUCUACAUAACCUAUCCUUUAAAUCAAAAUGAAUUCAUAAGAUGCAAAUAAAAAUCGGUGAUGGGUUUAAUAUAAUUUUUAUCAUCAUUUACAAAUGAGCUUUGCCAAGUAGUAGUCAGAGGACAUUAAUUUUUCUCAUAGGUAAACUAAAUUAAACAUAUUCUUUUUGAUCAUAAUUACAUUAUGAAAUCCCAUUAUUCACAGUUUAAAAAAUCACAAUACUUUUUCAAAAAUAUAAUACAAUGUUAUACAAUGCCAUAAAUUGAGUACUUUAUUUUACCUAUGGUAUUUUAGCAAAAACUCAGGAAUAUUACAUAUAAGGGAGAUGUUAAUUUAAAAAUUUCCACUAAAUUUAGUAUCUAUUAACCAAAGCCUAAAAUUUUAUACUCUUCAGUUAGAUAAGAGCUUUUACCCAAGUUUAAUUUGUCUUUCAGGACAGUUCUUUGCUUCUGAAUGUUUGAAAAGAUUUUUUAAAAAUAAGUAGUGCUACAGUUGUUGUUUCUAUCAUUCUAAACCUUGAUUGUAAUUAGAGUAUUCUACAUUUCAUUUCUGAAUAGCUUUUGAAUUCAUGAAAAAGUAUUAGCAAUGAAAACUUAGUAAUUUUAUUAAGUUAUACAUGUUUAGACAUUAUAUUAGCUUAUUUCUCUUGUGUUAAUAGUACUGCUGUUUUUGCUUCUGUAUAUUUAUAUCUAGCUUUUGUAUGUACUUUAUCUAGUGUUUAUAAAAUGUGAUUUGUAAUAAAUAUUGUUAAAAUGAAAAUGAAUUAACACUAAUUUUUGAAGAGCACUUCUGUAACAUAUAAUUACUCAUAUGUGUACCAAAAUAUGAUCAUGACACAAAUUUUUUAAUGAUAAAAGUAAAAUACAAUGGUCUAAUCUGUCUUAUGUUAAUGAGAAAUGAACUGUAUGCCAUGUUGUGUGUACAAAGCACUCUGGAGAAAUGCAAAGGAAGUAGAAAAACCUGUUUUAAUCUAAGGAAUUUCCAAUAUCAUGCUCCCUUUGUUAAAAGAUAUGUUUUGUUAUGAUUGAAUACUUACUAAGAUUAGGCAUCUUUUUCUUCCAUAUUUAAGAAAAUAGUGAAUUGUUUGUGAUAUACUUUCAGGUUUAUACAAAUGGACCUUAUUUUUGAAUUGCUACCGAAUUUAUCAGCCUUCGUACCCAAUUUCUCCCUCUCCCAGCCCAUAAAUCAGAGAAACUGCAGAUUGGUUAGUUUUUAAAAUAACAUUUAUUAUCAUUAUUUCCAUGUGUAAAGCUUCUACAUGUAUAUUUAGAGCAUUUGGAGGAAAAAAACGGAACUGUGCAAGAUAGUAGCAAAAAUUACUUCCUACUUAUUGGAUAAUUCUUGCUGUGCUGAGUUUAAAUUUUUUCUCUUUUUUUUCAUUUUAUAUUUGUGUGAGUUAUGAUUUUAUCUUUUUUUAAAACAUCUUUAUUGGAGUAUAAUUGCUUUACAAUGGUGUGUUAGUUUCUGCUGUAUGACAAAGUGAAUCAACUAUACAUAUACAUCUAUCCCCAUAUCUCCU